GAGGGUUCGGUCUGAAGUUACCACAACAGGAAGCGUCACUGUGCUAAAAACAUUGGAGUAGGAAAAGUGCAACAAAACGCUGUCGAACACGAAGCUGCAGGAAUGUUUCCUUUUAAGAAAAUGUGUUGAUUUGUGAAAUAAUAUUUUUAUAAUCCACAACUUCUCUUCAGUUGAUCGUCAUCCAUCUUGAGAACUGUCGAAUUUGCGUCACUAGCAGCCCUCAAUAGAUAGGUUGUGUUGACCAAAAUGGAUGACAGCAAGAUGGUGGGAGGCAAAGUCAAGAAACCCGGUAAACGAGGCCGUAAACCCGCUAAGAUUGAUCUGAAAGCGAAGUUGGAGAGGAGCAGGCAGAGCGCCCGGGAGUGCCGAGCCAGGAAGAAGCUCCGGUAUCAGUACCUAGAGGAACUCGUGUCCAGCAAGGAGAGGGCCAUCUGCGCCCUGAGGGAGGAGCUGGAGAUGUACAAGCAGUGGUGUACAGCCAUGGACCAGGGGAAGAUCCCGUCUGAGAUAAAGGCCCUACUGACAGGAGAUGAACAGAAGCCUCCUCAGAGCUCCUCCACCAAGAGCUCCAAGAACAGCAACCAGAGCUAAUGUGUUGGGAGUGCCAGACCAGAACUAGUCUGACUGUCAGUUUGUUAGAGGUGGCAGCCCUGGGUUGUAUUCAUUAGGGAAAUUAUAUCAAAUGUUGUGCAACAGAAAACAGGGUGUUCAUAUAAUACCUACCCCCUUUUUUCCAUCCCGUUUGCUUCCGUUUGUUGCCCUGGUGAAUACGACCCAGAGCGAGUCUGUCUGAUGAAAGGUUCCAGACCAGAGCUAGGCAGUAGGUACUCAGUCUGUCUAAUGAAAGAUUCCAGACCAGAGCUAGGCAGUAAGUACUCGGGUCUGUCAUGCCAGACCGCUCCACUGUAUAAGGCCUCUGUGACGGAGAGUGAAGAGGUGUCUCACCGGUCUGUCUGUUUCAGCCCCUCCCCCCUCUAGAGGAGACGCACAGCAACAGAACUGUCAGAGACGCAUAUCAUUACUAACGCUGGAGGACCUUCAGAGUAAUAGCUUGUAUUAUUUGACAGUUGUAAUCCACAUUACUGGCCUGAUUUAUCAUGCGUGGUUCACUAUUGGGUUAGGGUUAGGGGUUCACUAUUGGGUUAGGGUUAGGGGUUCACUAUUGCAACUCUUGGAUUCGUUAAUGUUAGUAAUGUGAAAUAUGUUAUUAGUUGCAGCUAUAGACACCUUUAGACAGCCUGUAUUAUUGAACAGUUAAUCUCAAUGUUUUAGCUUCUACGUGUGAGAAUUGAGGAAGCGUUUUAAUGGUACAUGGAUGAAACCAGGACAGAAGAAGUGAAAGGGUUUAGACUGUGCAUGUCCUACCUGGCCUAGACACUCAGACAAAACAAAGCACAUAUUCACCUUCAAAUAAGGAAUUACUCUUUGACCUUUUAUUGGUUAGUUUGUGUUGGGAAAGGAGCAGAACUAUGGUAACAUCCCAAAUGGCACUCCAUUCCCUAAAUAGAGCCCUGGUCUAAAGUAGUGCACUAUAUAGGGAAUAGGGCACCAUUGGGGACAUGUAUAUGAUGCCAUGUAUCUGCAGAGAUGAUGAUGGUGAUGUAAUGAUAUACAGCACUGUAUGUUGAAUUUAUUUAUAUAUUUUUAUUGGAUCACAGAAAGCCCUUUUUUCCCCGGUUUUGUAGUGUGAUGUUGUAGAACGUAUAGAAGGUCUGACAGACAAAAGAAAGAUCUUUCCCAUUUUGUAGAGAUGUUCAAGUCUCUUGUUUGUGUGAAAGGCUAGAAUGGGGGCACGUCCUUACCAGAACAGGAGCUGCUGAGGCAUUGCUCCACCUAUGUUGUCUUUCAGUAACGUUACAUUGUAUCAUGUGGUAUCUAAUCGAGGCCUAGACGACUCAUGUUCUUUCACCAUAAUGCAACCAAAAUAUAGUAGCCUGUACCUGUUUUGGUUUACAAAUGAUGAUUCUAUUGUCCUAAGGAAAUUAAAUAAGGACUCAUUAAUAGACAUUCA